GAAAAUGAUGAAAAUUUAGAAGAAUGGCCGGAAUGUGAUAAUUGCUAUGGACAAAAUAAAGAGUUUUGUGCAAACAGAAAGAUGAUAGAGAUAUUCUUCUCUCAUGUAGUGAUUCAAAUUGAGGAUUCAAUUCAAGAUGUUGGCAACAAAAUUCUGAAAAAAAGGAAAUCGAAACAUGACAAAAAAUAUAAGGCUCGACUGAACACAUCGAAAAGAAAUCAACCCAUAAAAAAAUUUGCAAAAAAAAAGAAAUUUAAUCAUGAUGUGAGAAGUAAGACAAAGAAAA